CCAGGGAUUUUAAGUGUGAGAACAUUACUUUUCUUUGGAUUACUUAUAUUACCUGAGACAAAUACACUUGGUUUAUUUGUAGUGUGUGACAACAUUACUUUUCUUUGGCUCAUGGUGACAACACUGCUCAUCACUUGAGACAUACACAAUUGAUAUAUUUGUAUUAUUUUGGUCAAAUUAUCCCCCACUGAGAAACUUUUUGUAUCUGUCCUCUGCAUGGGUCACAGAUGUUAUAUUAAUCUUUUUUCUAGAUAAUGAUUCAAGUUUGGUUGAACCACCAGCUGGACUUCAGUGGUUCUUUGAUAUGCCCGCGUUUGAGAACACUUGUUUCCUUUGGUGGCCAUACAUAGUGGAAAGAAGUUUUGCUGGAAUUGUAGGUUUUUUCAAUUGUUCAAGUAUCUUCUAUCCCUAAUGACUGGAGUUUGGUUCUGGCCAGGGCUAAAUUGGGAAAAUCUUCUCUUUUGGGCUUGCACUGUUAGGGCUAUCCUUUCUCUGAUGAACGUGUUUUUCUUUUCAUUGAGAAGCUUUGUCAAUAAAAGAACUAUGUGGUCAGAAGGAUUUUUGCACUAUAUUUGGGAAGAAGACUGAAGAAAAUGAGACAAAUUUUAGAUUUUUGCUCUCUUAUCACAAAAUUUUGAUUUUUUUUUUUUUUUCAUUUUCCAUUUAAAUCCCGUUCCUCUUUUCUUCAUUUUUCAAGUAUAGCCUUUAGAGUUCAUUCCUUUAUUUUGUACCAUUGACUAGGAUGUAUUCAGAGUCCUAGAGUGAACAAAGUUGACAGGUUUGCGAAGGGCUUCUAAAUUCUUGCAGAUGCUCACGGUGGUGGCUUAUUGCUCCAUGUUUGUGUCCCAAGUCUUUCACAUGACAUUACUUGCUUGAGUGGUCUCUCAAUUUUCCUGUAUGAUACUAACACCAUGCUUGUUGUGAAUUGAAUUGCGAGACCAAUUAUAAUUCCUGUCCCACCUUCAAAUGGUACCUGGAUAUUUUGCAAAGGAGCAAACUCAGUGUUGCAAUCAUUUUUUACCAAGUAGUCAUGUUCUCAGGACAAACUUGUGCUUUGUGCACUUAUUUACGGAAUUUAUCAUUAUAUUCUUCUUUUUCAGUGUUGUCUGAUUUUGUUAACUCUAUGGAUGUCAUUGCAGACCUUUGGGGUUCACUGGUGUCCAUAUGGGCAAUUACCGAGGUUGCCUUCUUUUGAUGAGGGGGAAAUUUCAGCACCUGCAUAUAAUGAUCUCCGGGUGCAUCAUGCUAUGUUUUCUGAGCAAUCCUCUGUGUCAUCUGCUGCUCAUCCCUGUCCGUACAUUGCUUAUUUCGGGCCAAUUCACCCCUCCACCUCUAGUUCCAAUGGGAGCAUUCCAGAUGGUACAAACUUUAGUAACCCUUGGAAUGGCCCAUCGUUACCUAGUGAAGUUCCAAAUUCUUAUGCCUUUCCCGCCAUGGAUGUUCAAUUUCAUAGCUGGGACCAAUCUCCUUUCUCGACCAGCAGCAGGCGUAUUGGUAAUGCUGAUCAACCUUCAAUUCCACCUACUACUGUUCAGCGGUCCUCUAGGACAAACUCUGAAUUAACAAGACCCACAUCGUUUAUGCAUCCGUUCCUUGUUGGCCACAGUUCGGGGGCUAGAUCUGGGAGCUCAGUACCAUCAUCGCUGAUUCCUCCCUAUACGGGCAGCAAUGCUCGAGCUAGAAAUAGAGGCCAAGCUCUGCCGGCAUUCUACCAGCAACAACCUAGUCAUUCUCGCACGCCAAUUGCUCCUGGGACUCGGCGAUCUACAACUCACAGAGGAAUGAGUCACAUGGGUUCAGUGGCCUCCUCGUCAUCUGAACAGAGCAACGGCUUCUAUUUUAUUCCGGCAAGUUCCUCAGGCACAAACUUUCAAGAACCUGAAAACCCUCUAUCCGGUCGUUUUCACGCGUGGGAGAGGGAUUAUUUGCAAUCAUUCCAACCGAGCCAGGUUGAUAGAGAGUCGACCAUCUGGCAUUUCCACCAGCCUGCGAGUGGAUCAGAACCAGGCAUCAGGUCCAACAGUUUCCGCCUAAGGCACGGGUCUGAGAGGACUCCUCACUCAUAGACUUAAACGUUAUCCCUUUUCCCCCAUGAAGCUAAAGCUAAAACUGCAAGUACACUAUGAGUCAGAACUGAUAUGUAUGCUUGAACAAUACUUCAUGCUUGCUGUCUGUGAGUCUUAUUCCAAUCAGACUCUUAAUCUGUGGGGUGGCCAAGAAAAAAACAAUCUUUUGGUAAGCGACGUCCAUGCAGUGCCGUGGUGGACUGUUUUAAGUUUCUUUAAAUACUCUUCUUAUUCAAGAUCUGCCAAAAAGAAAAUGAGAUAAAGCUCCGGGAACGCCUGGUGUGGGACCUAGUACCCGGGAAUUUCCAGCCUCAUCACGGAGUGGAGGAAGGAUUUUUAGGUGCAAAGUGGACGGGUGACUCCUCGCCAAAACUAUGUCGGGCUGGGCAGGCAUAGUUACUAGAUCUACCCCAGGGAAAAAAGAAGGCUAGAAUACCCACCGGAGAACCGGAUUGGCAAGAAAUGUGAAGGCCUUGGAAGUGUUGUAGUUCAUAUGGGAUGUUGCUUGAUCUAUGUUUUGGGGAUUUGCGGUUUGCAAUGUGUUUGGGAAGUGCCCUUUUGUUUGCAGAUCAGGGAAAUAAAAAUGAACUCAUGAUCUCAGUUGUGCAGUGAUUUCUGCGUCAAACAUUUCUAGCAAUUCUAUUGCUUUCCCUUU